GGAGGUUCUUUACAACGGUCCGCUUUAGAAAUCAGUGAAUGUGGACUCCUCAGCAUAAAUAUGGCAGGGGACAUUGUAGUCGGGAUGAUCUAUAACAUUGCAUUACCACUAGUUUUACUAACAGCAAUAGCUUUUCGAUACAAUGGGCUUUCCGUGGUGUAUCUGCUGUUUCUGUUGUCUGUACCUCUCCUACCAAGCCCCUCUCUGUCCUCCAUGAAGGGAAAGACAGGCCAGUUUCUCCUGAGUGUUUGCUCCACAGCUAUAACAUUUCUGGCCUUACAGUGUGGGAUACAGAUCACCUUCGCAUACAUUCCAAAAGAGAUGAGUGGGCCAUUGGACAAUGUUCUCUUUCAUCUUGGAAUUGUGAGAUUCAAUGAGGUGGAUGCUGGCAACAUAAUACGUCUCCUGCUUCCGGAUUUUGGUUUGUUCCUGUCAUCAUUAUUCAUCUGGAAUUUGAGUAACAAGCUACUGAGACCACCUAAUAAUCAUCAAGAGCAAAAAAUUCAGCAAUCUGAAACUGAGGAAGCAUCUGAAACAUCUGAAUCGGAGUAUGAAGAGGAGAGUGAGGCAUCAUCUACAGAUAGUUCUGAGGAGAUUAAAGCAUCUCCAGCAGGGCCUCCUCAGUUUGUGCAGAAACUUAUUGUCUUUGCAGCUGGUCUAAAACUAUUGCUCUCCACUAUGAUGAACACUGCUGGAAAAGUGGUAGUGACCAUCCUGCUGGGGCUUGCAGGAAUAGCGCUGCCCUCCUUGACAUCAGCAUUAUAUUUCGGGUCCUUCCUGUGCCUUGUGUGGUGUUGGAUACUAGGCUACUGUAUUGAUCUGCUCCAUUUCAGCACAUUGUGUAUAAUGAUGACUAUAUUUAGUGGUGGACACAUCCUGGUCCUCUACCUCUAUCAGCUACCUCUGUUUCAGCAAAUCAUACCUCCUGAGGACAUUUAUGCAAGACUGUUUGGCAUGACUGCGUUCAUCCACACAAACUCAUCAGAGCCAUAUAGCAUGGGCCUGCAUCCAGAUAUGAGCUGGCCUAUGAUAAUAAACCUUCUGUUACUGCUAGUACUGUACUACACGCUGGUGGCUCUUCUACAAAAAUGGGCUCUCGCAGCUACAGAGGAUGUUGAAAGAGAGAUGGAAAGUCCUUCAAAAGAAUCAGACAUUCUGCCUAGUUUCUCAAAAAUAGCAGAUGGAGACUACAUUUCAUCUGGAAUCACAGAGAAUAUUGUGAUGCUAAACAACAGUUGGCAGAACAAUAAUCCUUCUGGGCUGGACCCACUGCUGUCAGACAAUGACUACCUACAGUGUCUUUCUCUACCAAUGUACAUCCAGCAUGAUUGCUCUUAUGUUGCUGCAGAUGAGCAAGAAGUGAGCUGUGAUAAUGACGAUGGAGUAACUGAAGCACCAACUGAUGAAGAGCCCUUUUCUUCUCCUAAAACGAGUGCCUUCACUCUGCUUGGUCGGUCCAUUAUGAGACAGAGCUACAUUAUUGCUCUUAUUGUUAUGAUGGUAUGGAGUAUCACUUACAAUUCCUGGCUUACAUUUGCCUUGUUGGUGUGGUCAUGUGUUAUCUGGAUGUCAAGGCGCAGACGGGAGUACACCAUGAUCAGUGCUCCGUUUCUUGCUGUUUAUUGUACGCUUCUGUUGGUGGCUGGCUUUAUUAGCGCUUUCCGUCUCCAUCAUAGUGAACUUUUCCCUGCUCUCCCCAAGGCUGUUCUGGUUGAUUUUGAUCUCUAUACUUAUCACACACCCUGUCUUCACCUGGGAGCAAAGAUGAUUUAUGCAUUUAGUUUUUGGAUGUUGCUACGACAACAGUUAAUUGAGAAAGAAGAAGACCAACAACUAAAAGAAGAGAGUCUUCAUGAGGUCAAAAGCUUAGCUGAUAAAACUGAAUCAUCCAGCGUGGUGAAUAGUAUAGGCGCAUUUCUUAAAGGCGUUCUGGUGAAAUACUGGAUUGUCUGCUGCUGCUCCAUGUUUUUUGUCAUCAGUUUCUCUGGAAAGGUGGUCGUCUACAAAAUCCUUUACAUCUGUUUGUUCCUCUUCUGUAUGGUUCUCUACCAGGUCCGGUAUGACAUAUGGCGGCAUGUUCUGAAGUACUUCUGGGCUGUGGUGGUUGGUUAUUCCAUGCUGGUUUUGAUUCUAAUCUAUAUGUACCAGUUUAAGACUGUUUCAGGCCUGUUUCGUCAAAUCAUGGGCAUGUCAGAAGAGGGACUGCGUGAUCUGGGCCUGGAGCAAUUUGAUACUGUAGAGUUAUUUGCGCAAAUUUUACUUCCUGCUGCCUUCCUACUGGCCUGUAUCCUACAACUGCACUACUUUAACUGUGACUUUCUCACUCUCACCGACCUACAGAAUGUACCCGUGUGUGAUGGUACAUCCAAGGAAGAAGAACUGAGAGAGACACUGAACAUAAUAUCAGACUUGAUAAAAGAAAACAUUGAAAAAAUCCAAAACCGGCUGGUAAAGGAGCACUUGUGUGCAGAAGGGGAUGAUCUGCUGGGCAGCUUAGAACUGAAUUCCCCAUCAGUUAAGGAUGAAGAAGAAGAAACAGAACAAAAAGAAUCAACAGUGAACAGAUGGUUUUUAGUGGUGGAUCGGAUAAGCUUGUUCACGUUACAUGCUCUGCUGUGGUUGGCUAAGGGUCAAGAGUUUUGCUGGAGACUGUUAGAGCUCCAUAGCCUCAAAAUUGUUGCUGCAGGUAUCAUCUGGGUUAGCCUAAAAGAGGUGUCACUUAUGAAUUUUGUGUUCCUGGCAUCAUGGACAUUUGCUGUCCCAUAUGCAAGACUGCGGCCAAUGGCCUCCACUGUGUCUUCUGUCUGGGCCUGUGUGAUGGUUGUGUGUAAAAUGAUGUAUCAGUUGAAAAUCAUCAAACCAGCAGAAUUUUCUGUUAAGUGCACCACUGAUUUGCUGAUUUCUAAUCAGAGCUGGUAUGGUGGGAAUGUGACACAGCUUUUGCAGAAGUCUGUUUUGUAUAUUGAACCUGUGGAUCCAUCUCUGUGGGUUGGCAGUCUGAGAAAAUGUGGGGAUGCCAUUCUGCCUUGCCUACAGAAUCAUUUAUUAAUACUGGGCCUCCUUGUGUUUGACGUGACUGUCCAUCGGCACCAGCUUUACCACUGUCUCCAUUUAAACUUAAAACCUGCUCCCAAAGGCACUAUUUUCAACAAUGUAACAUGGCAACACUUGGAUCAUGGCAUCCUGCCCUGCCUCAAAUACUUCUGCAAUUAUUUUUUUUACAAGUUUGGUCUUGAGAUAUCAUUUGUAGUGGCAGUGAAUGUGAUUGGCCAGCGGAUGGAUUUCUUUGCCCUUCUGCACUCUUUUGCCCUGAUCACAGUUCUGGGACGUCGACGCAGGAAGGCUAUUGGUGAAGUUUGGUCCAGAUACUGCUGCUUUACUGCCAGCUUAAUGGUGUUCCAAUAUUUGCUCUGUAUCGGGGUGCCUCCUGCACUCUGUACUGAUUAUCCUUGGAGGAAAGGCUCUAAGGCUCUCAGCUCCAAUCAGAUAAAAUGGUUGUAUUUGCCAGAUUUCGCCAUGCAGCCUAACCCCACUUUCAUAUUUUAUGACUUCUUGCUGUUGAUGGUAGCCUCUCUGCAGUGGCAGGUGUUUGAAGAAGAGAAUAAGGCCUCUGUGAGACUUGUGGCAGGGGAAAAUGUGGAGAUCAGUAGAAACCUAGACCCUCGUUCUCUUAACCAAUACACAACAGUUGGCAAUUUUCUGCACUGCCGGUCAUAUCUUGACAUGGCAAAGGUCUUUGUAUUCAGUUACUUCUUCUGGUUGGUUUUAUGCCUGGUUUUCAUCACUGGCACCACACGUAUCAACAUAUUCUGCCUGGGCUAUCUGGUGGCCUGCUUCUAUUUCAUGCUUUUUGGAGACACAGUGCUGCUGCAGCCUGUACACUACAUACUCAGACUGUGGGACUGCCUUAUUGCCUACACCUGUGUGGUGAUUUGCCUGAAGAACUUUAUCUCUCUGGGAUCCUGUGGUUAUCUGGACAGUCUUUUAAAGAAAGCCUGUUGGCUCAUUCAGGCAUUCAGCAUGUUCUGUACUAUCAAAGGCUAUGAUGUGCCUAAACCUAGUGAUGACUGUGAGUUGCCAGUGGGAGAAGCUGGUAUUGUGUGGGAUGCAGUUUGUUUUACUGUGCUUCUGGCUCAAAGGAGAAUAUUUCUCAGUUACUACUUCUUGUAUGUUGUAUCUGACCUUAAAGCCUGUAAGAUCCUUGCCUCCAGGGGUGCAGAACUAUUUGAAGCCAAGGUAAAGAAACGUGUGGCAGCUAGACUGGAGCUGGAGAAGAAAUCUGUGGAACUACUGAAAAAACAGAUGGAGAAGAUCAAGUUAAAACAAAAGGGUCAACCAGAACAGGCUGCCAUAACACUGGACACAAAAGGGCCUGGACUAAAAAGUGAUGCAGAGCAAAAAGAGGAAAGUGAUCAUCAGAUGGAAUGGUGGAAACCAUGGACUUCUCGCCCCUCUGUCUGGGACUCCUGUGGGUAUCGCCUCUUUGAAAGUGACAGUGAGGAAGAGGAGGGAGAAGUGGAUACCAAGACAGAGGAAGAAUCUGUGCCAAAAAAGAAAUCUGCUCUUCAGUUGGCUUAUGAGGCUUGGGUAACAGGGUCCACGGCUGCUCUCAAGUCCCAUAAGAGGGAUGAGGUACAAUUGAAGAGAGAAGAGGAAAGAGCGAAGAGGGAACAGUGCAAAGAACAGGGCACAGAAAGCUUUGAGUCUAGUGGAGAUGAGUUGGAAGACUCAUGUCCUGAGCCAGAGGAAGGAGAGAAAGCUAAAAUAUCAGAGCGGAUUAUUGACUGUCUGAAGUUUAGCUUGGUCUUCUUCUGGUCCCUUAUUGAUGAUAUAACAGCAGGUUUGAACUCAUUCUGUAAGGACAAUCUGGACAUUUCAAAGGUGCUGUGCUUGGAAAGGGCACUGCUGAACCAACAACAGAACAAGGGUAGAGAUGUGUCCCAUGAAAGUAUCCAUGAAUUUUACCAGAACUGUCUGUCCAGACAGGGCACACAAACCCUGUUGGAUGAGGAGAUAAUUACACAUACCAAUUCACCACCACCAUUGCCUAUCAGUCUUCAUGGCUAUGGCCAACUAAGGAGUGCCAACUCUAAACACUCCUGGAACAGCAGUAUAUCCAGCUGUCAGACCGAUGAGACCAUGCUAAUGUCACGUCAGCCAACUCUCAACGAUGACAUUGAUGAUGCCCCCUGUUUAGCAUCACCCAAAACUGAGCAAUUUCAUUCUCAACUAUCCACUGAAGAGCGACGUCGGAAACUUUUCAAAUCAGCCAACAUAGACAUGGUCUCAUUUGAUCAAGGGAGCCUUCUGCUGAACCAUGAAGAAUCAGCUGCUAUAAAGAUAGUGGAUAAAGAAGCAGAAGAGAAAAUGGAUAGUGAAUGGGAGGAUGGAGAAGAAGAUGAGAAAAGAAAAUGGGAGGAAAAGCAAGAAGAUGAGCAGUUUGAAAUGACACAUGAAUUGCUUAAGUCAGCAUCACUGGACUCAGUGGUCAUGGAGGUGAUGAGUGAGAAUAUUUCAGAACCUCGGCCACUUACUCAGGAGACCAGAGCCCUCACUGCCAGUGAACUGCUGCUUAACAAUAUGUUCCAGAUCCCAGAAAUUGAUGAGUCGGAUAAGUUCUACCACUCAUUACCACGGCUCCUGCAGCUCAUCUUUGCCCUCUAUAACACCAUGGUCUCCCAGUCAGAGAUGCUCUGCUACUUCGUCAUCAUUCUAAACCACAUGGUGUCCGCCUCACUGCUCACGCUCUUCCUCCCCAUCCUCAUAUUCCUCUGGGCUAUGCUCUCCGUUCCUCGGCCCACUAAGCGAUUCUGGAUGACUGCCAUCAUCUACACUGAGCUUACAGUGGUAGUGAAGUACUUCUUCCAGUUCGGCUUCUUUCCUUGGACUACCUCUGCAUAUCGCGGCAUUAAUGCUGAGCGGCCAUUUGCUCUGCCAAACAUCAUAGGAGUGGAAAAGAAAGAUGGAUAUGUUCUGUUCGAUCUUAUUCAGCUACUUGCUCUUUUCUUCCAUCGUUCCAUCCUCAAGUGUCAUGGCCUCUGGGAUAACAAAGAGGUGGAGAUGCCUGAUUUCUUUAAGAAGCUGAAAAGGAAAGCCGAAAAAAACAGGCUAAGUGGAGGAACAAGAGAAGAAAAAGGAGAUAUGAAAAGACGACUUCGUUUCUUUCCUCUUCAGUCCUCUACUGCUAAGUUCUUUUUCAGACCAAAAGGAAAAGACAACUCAGAAAGCCAUGAUGGUAGGCAGUUGAAGGAAAAUCACCCAAAAAAGAAGAAACGCCACUCCAGAGUGCCUUUAUCCAGGAAAGAGCAGAUCAAAAAGCUGGUCAGAGAGAGAAUGCUGGAAGCUAAGGCUGCUAUCAUAGAAGUUGCUCUACAUGUGUACUUACCCAUCAGGCAGUUUUUCUAUGACAUCAUCCAUCCCGAGUACAGCCCUGUGUGUGAUGUAUAUGCGCUGAUGUUCUUGAUCGAUGUUGUAAACUUUAUCAUUAUUAUCUUCGGCUAUUGGGCUUUUGGGAAACAUACUGCAGCAGCUGACAUCACCGAAUCCUUAUCAGAAGACCAAGUACCUGAGGCUUUCCUUGUCAUGCUUCUCAUCCAGUUUGCCACUAUGGUUGUUGACCGGGCUCUCUACCUGAGGAAAACCUUGCUAGGGAAGUGUGUGUUUCAGGUGGUUUUAGUUUUUGGAAUACACUUCUGGAUGUUCUUCAUACUGCCUGGGGUCACUGAGAGGAGGUUUAACAAAAAUCAUGUUGCACAGCUAUGGUACUUUGUGAAGUGCAUCUAUUUUGGAUUGUCUGCAUAUCAGAUCAAAUGUGGCUACCCAAAUCGAGUCCUGGGCAAUUUCCUCACAAAGAACUACAACUACCUCAACCUCUUUCUCUUCCAGGGCUUCCGAAUGGUUCCUUUUUUGACUGAACUGCGGGCUGUGAUGGACUGGGUAUGGACAGAUACCACUCUCAGCUUAUCUAGUUGGAUUUGUGUGGAGGACAUUUAUGCCAACAUAUUCAUUCUCAGGUGCUGGAGGGAGUCUGAGAAGAAAUAUCCUCAUGUUCCUGGACAGAAAAAAAGCAAAGUGGUGAAAUAUGGUAUGGGUGGUGUGAUCAUUUUUUCCCUUAUCUGCAUUGUCUGGUUUCCUCUUCUCUUCAUGUCCCUGGUCAAAUCAGUGGCUGGAGUAACCAAUCAACCAUUAGAUGUUUCCAUCCAACUUAGCAUAUCAGGAUACGAGCCUUUGUUUACCAUGAGUGCCCAAGAACAGAAUCUAGUGCCAUUUUCUGAAGCUGCAUACCAAAAGAUGAAAAAUGUUUAUGCUACUUACCCGUCUGCAAUGCAGUUCAUAGUAAACUACAUGGCAGAAGACAUAGUAAUAGCAAAGGUUAAAAGUGAUGCCAGUUUACUGUGGAGCAUCAGCCCAGCUAGCCAUGAAGCCAUGAUCCAGGAACUCAGCAAUUCUUCACAUAUUUACAUUACCAUCCGCUGGACCUUACUGAGAAAUGCAUCCAUUUCGAUGAAUGCAGAGACGAUAGGUGAACACACUGUGAAGUAUAAGGACAAAGAGCUGCAAGAGAACAUUGUGCAAAUGCUCAAAGGGUCAUGCACCAAGCCAGUGAUCAUUGAAAACUUGAUGCCGAAAUAUAUCAGAGGACCCUCAGGACCAGAAGCAAAAAUGGCACAUCGACUUAAUGUUGAACAUUCUGAUCAUGCAGAUGACCAUCAUUUGGUCUUCUUCUAUCCCCUGUCCAUCAAACUGAAACAAGCCAAUAGUAGCACGGAGGGACGUGGGCCUUACUGGUGGGUGGUGGAGGAGUGCAGUCCAGAUCAUCGAAUAACCAGAUGCCAGAACAUUGAAAUAGUAGUCUUCAAUGAUAAAGUCAGUCCAUCCAGCCUGGGAUUCUUAGCUGGAUAUGGCAUCGUGGGUCUGUACAUGUCAGUGGUGCUGGUCAUUGGUAAGUUUGUGCGUGAGUUCUUUAAUGGAAUAUCUCGCUCCAUCAUGUUUGAGGAACUACCAAAUGUGGACCGAGUGCUGAAACUGUGUACAGACAUCUUUGUUGUCCGGGAGACUGGCGAGAUGGAACUGGAGGGGCAACUGUUUGAGAAACUCAUCUUCUUAUACCGAUCACCCGAAACCAUGAUUAAAAUGACCAGGGAAAAGAAAUCAGAUUAACAUUUCUUAGUUUACUUUUUGAGAGCUUACUGCACAGUUUUGUUUUGUUUUUUUUUAACACAUCAUACCAAGAUUAUAAGUGUUGCUCUUCUUCCCUAAUUAAGGGUUGCCUAUUUAAAUAUUUCCUAAAUAGAGUCCUGCCCAGUGUUAUGUAUUAUCAGUCUUAACCCAUUGUGCAUGAAAUUCUUUAAAUGUCUUCUUCCUACUUGAUACUGUAUAUAUGACAUAUAAUGGUGUGUAUUAAAAAAAAAACAUUCAGGGUACAGCAGGGCUUAAAGGCUCCUGGGGUGAAAAGAAUAGAUAAUAUGUACUUUCGGUUUGCUGAAGAACCUCAUGCCUCCACAAAUAGGACCUUGGGCAGAUGUCUUAAAAAGCUUUCAGCCACAUUUUCCUUACGGAACUCUUAAGCCCUGCCUUAUUCUCUAUAAUGCAUGUGUUUAUUUCAUAAAUCCUACUAUUUCAUUUAAAAUGCAGCAGAACAAAGGUGCCAUAGACACA